GCCACCCUGGGAGUCCUGUGCCAGCACAGCCAGCCAUUUAUCCCUUGUUCUUUCCUGCACAGGUACCUGAGAUGAAUCCCACAAGCCAGUUCCUUGGCACAACAGAAUAUGACUAUGGAUAUGAUGAAAACACUGCUCCGUGCAAUGAAGGAAACAGCUUUCGCAGGUUCAAAUCCCUCUGUCUGCCAAUCCUUUACUGCCUUGUGUUUGUCUUCUGCCUUCUGGGAAACUCCUUGGUCCUCUGGGUUCUCCUGACCAGGAAAAGGCUGAUAACGAUGACUGACAUCUGCCUGCUGAACCUUGCAGCCUCUGAUCUCCUCUUCGUUGUGCCUCUCCCUUUCCAAGCCCACUAUGCUUCAGACCAGUGGGUUUUUGGCAACACUAUGUGCAAGAUAAUGGCUGGCAUUUAUUACACAGGUUUUUAUAGCAGCAUUUUCUUUAUAACCCUCAUGAGCAUAGACAGGUAUAUAGCAAUUGUCCAUGCUGUCUAUGCCAUGAGGAUACGGACAGCCUCUUGUGGCAUAAUUAUCAGUUUAAUCCUGUGGCUGGUGGCUGGCCUGGCUUCUGUACCCAGCAUCAUGUUCAACCAGCAGCUGGAAAUUGAGCAGUCUGUGCAGUGUGUCUCCACAUACCCCCCAGGAGACAAUACCUGGAAAGUCGCUUCACAGUUUGCGGUCAAUAUCUUGGGCCUCUUGAUUCCCCUUAGCAUCCUUAUUUGCUGCUACACCGAGAUACUGAAAAACCUGCAAAAAUGCAAAAAUCGGAACAAGAUCAAGGCGAUCAAGAUGAUUUUCAUCAUUGUCAUUGUUUUCUUCCUCUUCUGGACUCCCUUCAACAUCGCACUGUUCCUAGACUCCCUGCAGAGCCUGCACAUCAUCAAUGACUGCAAGGCGAGCUAUCAGAUAGCCCUGGCCCUGCAGCUGACUGAAACCAUCUCCUUCAUCCACUGCUGCCUGAACCCUGUGAUCUACGCCUUUGCUGGAGUGAUAUUCAAGGCCCAUCUUAAAGAACUACUUCAGUCCUGUGUCCGUAUCAUCUCCAGCCCUGUCGGAGGUGCGGGGGCUGGUCAGUCGUUUUCAAUGGCCACCCAGCUCUCUGGCUGCUCUGACAGCACAGGGUUCCUGUGAGCCCACCUGGGCUGCCUUCUGGUGCGAGAAGUUGGCCUAAGCUCUAACAUGGUCCUGGAGGUUGUACCAUGUCUAUCAUCCUCUUGGGACGACCAGUAUAUCCAUGUCUCCUUUUCAGAUAUGCCGUGAACUUCAGCACAAUAAGUGGCAACGUUAUUUCCUGAGAGUGUCAGUGCGUUUGUAAGACGGUGACGCUACAAGCUUGCCACAGAAUGAUUUUUAAUUUUUAGAGCUCUUUUAAUACAUUUCAGUAAGCAGGGUGCUUCCUCUAGUAGUUAUUUUCUCCUCUGAUAAAAGCAUCGCUUCUGCUUCACCCUCAGAUAUACUCUGCCUCGUGGAAGCUGUUCCAUACCUGAAUCCCUACAUCCCUGGGACAGAUGUGGGACACCCCUCCGGGAGGUGGGCAAGGGGACAGGCAUGGGAUUACUUCACAUUGCAAAGAGGGAAUCACCUCAGCCACUGUCACCAUUCCCCCUUUGCUGUGGGAUGCUCCCAGAGGCACAGCCGGGGUGGCCCUGAAGCUGCUGCUGCCCAAAGCAGCCUUUGGUGAUGAAGCCUCCAAAAAUAGCAGAGCAAGGCCUCCAGGUGCCCCCUAUACUGGCCACUCGUAGAAGCCCGUACACUUGAAUGUCCUCAUCAAAGCAGCCACGUAGUCUGUGUCGCCAUUGGAGGUGUGGGCCCUCGGACCCUGUGUCCCUGGCGCUUGCUCCUAAAUGUAAGCAACACAAAAUAGCAUGUAGCACAUAAGCUCUGUCUCUUUUUCUACACAGCAUUAUUUUCAAACCGUUUUUAAAUGUUUUCUUUGAAUAGACAUAUUAACUGCAUCUUUUUAUAUCUUGGCUCCUGAAAGUCUUUCUGGUGACUCACAAACAUAGAUUAGGAUAAGGAAAGGUUGUUUUUACUGAUUUUUGAGCUGGUAUAACAUAAAAUAUAUCUGAUGGAACUGAGAGGCACCCUGGAGCUCUCCAGCAAAAUAAGUUUUGCCUCCAGUUUUCUGCUGAAGAAGAUUUGUUCUCAAAAUCCCAAUAAAAAUUCACAGUAAAAAAAUAACAUUUAUUUUGAUGUACUAUUACUGUAAAUGAAAUUUUAAGUUAAACAAGAGACUACCUGAAACCAGGAAAAACACAGCCGGGAUAUUGUCAAAGAUUGUAUUUCUGGGGUAAUAAAAAAUGUUAUA